UUGGAGCAAGAUGUAGUUUCGGAGUGGCAUUAGGGGGAGCAAGAAAGGCAUUCAGUCAUUGUCAAGUGUCAACAAAGAUGAAUUUUCAACAAGGGAACCAAAAGACUCAAAAUUCUCCGUCUUCCCUUAUCUAGAUGGAAUUUUCCAACAAGGGAACUAAAGACUCAAAAGUCUCCGUCUUCUCUUGUCUUAGAUGGAAUUUUCUAACCCCUGCACACCGGCACAGGCUUUUAGAAGAAAGGCAAAUGGGAUCUUCAGAACUCUUUCUGAUCUUACUUUCCUAUGUUUUUCUCAUAACUCUCAUUUCUGCUACGAAUCUCUACUUCCAAUCUAAUUGUGUUAACAAUGGCAACUUCACCGCCAACAGCUCUUACCGGACCAACCUCAACCUUCUGUUUUCUCAGCUAUCCACCACGACAGAUUUCAAUUAUGGGUUCUACAAUCUCUCCGUCGGUCGGAGCCCUGACCGGGUCAACGCAAUCGGACUUUGCAGGGGAGACCAAAAAGAGGACGUUUGCAGAAGUUGCCUGAACGACACCAUCUCCAAACUCAAGCAGCAAUGUCCCAAAUACAAAGAAGCAAUCGGAUGGUUGGAAUUCUGUACGUUACACUACUCAAGUCAACAACUCUUUGGAUCCAUGAAAUCCGACCCUGAACAGAUUAUGCAUAAUGAGUACAACGCGUCGCAUGUUGAUGGGUUCAAUCGAGCGUUGAGACCCUUGUUGACUAACUUGAGGAACCGUGCGGCCGCCGGAGGACCUUUUCUCAAAUAUGCAGCGGAUAACACGACUGCUCCGAGUUUCCUUUCGACAAUUUACGCUCUCGAGCAGUGCACUCCCGACCUAUCGCAGAAGGAUUGCAGCGAUUGUCUAACAACGGCAAUCGGAAAGAUCGAUCCUAACUGCAGUGGGAAGAUCGGAUGCAGAAUUCUACAACCCAGCUGUAAUUUGAGAUAUGAGACCAGACCAUUUUUUGCAGCAGUAGAAGGCAUUCCUCAGCCACCGCUGUCUUUACCUUCUCCACCAGAAGGAAAUGGAAAUGGAAAUGGAAAUAGGAGCAACAAAACUCGAAUAAUCAUCAUUGUCAUCAUAGCUUCGGUUGUCGGCAUUCUGUUACUUGUCCUGUGUAUUUGGAUCUGUUUAAAACUCAGGAAGCCAAGGGAAAUUGUCGAAAAAGGAGAUAAAAUGAUCAAGGCCGAGUCUUUGCAAUAUGACUUAGCCAGCAUUCGGACAGCAACUAAUAACUUCUCUGAUGAAAAUAAACUUGGAGAAGGAGGAUUCGGAGCGGGCAACCUUCCAAAAGGACAAGAAGUAGCCGUAAAAAGGUUAUCUAGUGCUUCUGGACAAGGAGACUUAGAAUUCAAAAAUGAGGUCCUUUUAGUAGCCAAACUUCAACAUCGGAAUUUGGUCAGACUCCUUGGUUUCUGCUUGGAAGGAGAUGAAAGGCUUCUCAUCUACGAGUUUGUCCCAAACACAAGCCUUAAUCAUUUCAUUUUUGAUCCAAUCAAGCAUGCACAAUUGGAUUGGGAAAUCCGUUACAAAAUCAUCGAAGGCAUAGCUCGUGGCCUUCUUUACCUGCAUGAGGAUUCUCGUCUUCGAAUAAUUCACCGUGAUCUCAAAGCAAGUAAUGUUUUAUUAGAUGAAGAUAUGAAUCCUAAGAUUGCAGAUUUUGGCAUGGCAAGAUUAGUUGUAAGAGAUGAAACACAUGGCAAUACCAGUACCAUUGUGGGAACUUACGGAUACAUGGCUCCAGAGUAUGCAAUGCAUGGGCAAUUCUCAAUAAAGUCAGAUACCUUUAGUUUUGGCGUGUUACUUUUAGAAAUCAUCAGUGGACAAAAAAAUAGUUGUUUCCGAAUUGGGGAGAACAUAGUGGACCUACUAAGUUAUGCAUGGAAGAACUGGAAGGAAGGGACAACAUUAAAUCUCCUAGAUCCAACUUUAAGAAAUGGUCCAACAGCUGAAAUGAAGAGAUGCAUCCACAUUGGGUUGCUAUGUGUUCAAGAAAAUGUUGCUCACAGACCAACCAUGGCUUCAGUUGUUCUCAUGCUUAGUAGCAAUUCAGUUAGUCUCCCAGUGCCCUCUCAACCAGCAUUUUUUGUACACAACACCAAUGCAUCAGACAUGCCGUUCUCAUUUGGCAGUAAUUCAUGGGUAUCAAACACGAGGAGCUCAGACGAACAAUCUGUCCCCUUGUCAAAUAAUGAUGUUUCAAUCACAGAGCUAUAUCCACGAUAGUGUUUGAGAUUCAAAGCUACAAUAAGAUUUGUAUUAUCAACCUGGUUCAAAAUAAUGUUAGAAUUCGGUAAUUAGAUGCACUAGCAUCUAAUACUAGUUCUUGUAAGCAAAACUACUUCCAAGCACAAAAAUACAUUUAUGAUUUGAUU